AUGCUACAUAAAGGCAGAAGCAGCUACCAAAGCAUGAAUACUAUAUUAGAUUAAACAGAGAAUUAAAGAGCUUUAUGGUUAGGAGACUACCCUGCAGCGAUAAAUUAAUAACUGUUGAAAUAAAAGAAUAUCAAAACUGUAUUAACAAUAGCGUCUGGUUUAAAUGUUAAAUACUCUUCUACUUGUGAUAUUAUCCAUAAAGUAUAGAUCCAAUAUAUAAUAAUAGGUUUACAAUAUUCUAGAUAUCGAUUCAUUUAAUAUAAAAACAAUAUGGGAAGAUACCUAUUAAUAAAUUGAUGAGGGACUGCAAAAGGGUAGUGUACUAGUUCAUUGUAGGGCUGGUGUAUCUAGAUCAGCUGCUACAGUUAUAGCAUAUGUUAUGAGAAAAUAGGGAAUCUCUUUUUAAGAUGCCUUUUAAUUUUUAAGAUUAAAGAGAAGUGUAGUAAGUCCGAACUUUGGAUUUCAAAAAUAGCUCAAAUAAUAUGAACUAGAAUUAUAGAAUUUUAAUGGAAAAGUUGAAACAGAAAUUACUUAAUAAUAAUAAUAAUAAUAGUAAUAAUAAUAAUAAUAAUAAUAAUAAACAUUAUAGCAAUUAGUAAAACCAAUUAUUUAAUAGCAAUAAUUAACAAAUUUAUCAAUAUAGCCUCAUUAAAUUGCAAUAAAUGAAAAAAAAACUACAAUCAAAAGAAAUUAAUUAACACCUGCUUCUAAAUUACCAAAACCAGUGUUUUAAAAUAAUUUUAAGCGGACUUAAUCUUUAAAAAAAUGA